CUUUUGCAGCAGCUGUCAAAAGUGACAGGUGUGAUAUUUUGGACGAAGACGAAACCGCCACGAAGAAGAAACAGAAGAAGCAUGGAGGGCGGCUCUCAGGAGGUGCUGUAUGCACCAGACGACGUCGUGCCAGCGCACACUGUGUCGCUGACAGCAUCCGAUACCAUCACCAUCGCCCGAGCGUUUGAGGCGGCGUUGAGCGAUGAUGACGCUGCCGCCAACGAUCAAACCUUGAAGGCCGACGACGUUGUCAGCCUCGUGGCAUCCCUCCUUGGCGAGCCUGUGAGCGACAACAUCAUGGAGUUUGUCCUGGACAGGACUGAAGGCAUGGACAGGGUGGACUUCAAGACGUUCCUCCACCUGUUCACUGAGGUGUUGCUGCAGACCACAGAGUGGGGCAAGCUGAAGAAGCAGCCAGCCAGCGUCGUUGGCUUCCACACGUACGGCGAUCAGAUGCAGCGGCAGAUUCUGCAUGAGGGCGUCAACUUCAACAUCAUUCUCGUUGGCGCCAGCGGUCUGGGCAAGUCCACCUUUGUGGACACCCUGUUUAAGUCGUCUGUGAGCUGGCGCGCCAACGCCAACCCCACCGGCUUUGGCAUCCCAUCCACCGUCCAGAUCCACACCCUCACCCACGUGCUUGAGGAGAAGAGCAUGCGUGUGAAGCUCAGCAUCACAGACACACCCGGUUUCGCCGAUGCCAUCAACAACGCCGACGCGUGGCAGCCGAUUUGCGACUUUAUUGAUGCCCAGCACUCCGCGUUCCUCGAUGCUGAGUUGGCCGUGGAGCGUGAUGUCAACAUCCCAGACACACGCGUGCACGCUUGCAUCUACUUCAUCGAGCCCACAGGCCACGGGCUGAGCGAGCUUGACAUGCAGGCGAUGCUGAGUCUCCAGGAGCGGGUGAAUCUGGUGCCCGUCAUAGCAAAGGCGGACACACUCACACGCGACGAGCUCGAGCACUUCAAGCAGCGGAUCCGCGAGGACAUGACCACAGCGAACAUUCUGCCGUUCCCGCAGUCGCGCCCGACACAGAGCGAAUCGCAGAUGAUGGCUGCCGUCCGCCUCCUCGAGGAGCAGCCGUUUGGAAUUGUUGGUCAGAACUUCACUGAUCCGGACACGGGCGUGCGCGGGCGCAAAACGCGCUUUGGCGUCGUGGAGAUCGACAACAGCGAGCACUGCGACUUUUCCAAACUUCAGGAUAUGCUCAUCAGGACACACAUGCACGACCUGCGGAUGGUGACGCGUGAGGUGCACUACGAAAACUACCGCAGGCGCAACCUGGAGCCGCCGCCAUCGCAGGAUGACGGCAGCGUGACGGACGAUUUCGACCAGCAGCAGCCGCCGCAGCAGCAGGCUGUGGUUGAUGUGGCACCAUCCACCACGUCCACGCAGAGCAAAGUGCCUGCCCAUUCCUCCGUUUGAGGGCAACACGGGAACGUCGUGUUGCUGUUUGCACAAGUGAUGUGUGGUCGCUGUUUUCUCACUCGACAGCUUGGUGGUGGUGGUGGUGGUGGUGGUGGUGGUGGUGGUGCGUGUGUGUUGUUGAUUGGUCAUCUCCAGAGGGGAGGUGGAGGAGGAGAUGUAAAGUAUGAACUGGUUUGCCGAACCGUUGCUGGUCACACGAUCAUUCCGUGUCUGUAUUGUCUCUUGCUGGUUCUGUGUACGAUUGUGUACUCGUGCUUGUGUGCUGUACAUCUGUGAAUCGUUGGGAUUCAUGCCAUGUCACAUGAUCAGAAUAAACAUGUUGCUGAAACUAC